CCCGCAUUGCUUCGCGUGGCAAGAGAUCUAUUGAUUUGCUAUGGUUUAUUUAGUUCUUUAAAAACUCUUAAAGUCACUCCAUUCGUCAUUCUUUCCUUUGAGUCAUGAGUAUUUCUUCGUAUUGUAGUCAAGUGACUAGUUUGAACUUCUUUUUCAUAUUUGGAGAUAUAACUGGUAUUAUUGCGUCAAAGUUAGACCAUUAGUGGAUAUUAGGUUUUGGUUUGUAGUUGUUAUUAUUUGUGUUGUGGAUUUCCGAGACGGGAAAAAUUCAGGCUAGGCACAAAAAUAAAGGAAAUUCUGCCCGAUUUUCUGUAAAUUUAUGGUAAGGCUUGCUUUGGGAUUCUUUCCCCUUAGCGCCGGUCAUAGACCUAAUUUGGGUCGUGACAUAAAAAGGUAAAAUUAUGUCAGUUUGAAUACUCAAGACCUUCGUUUGAGAAAGAAGAUGAUUAAUGUGUUGUCAUAUUUCGAGAAUGAAUGUUCCUAAGGGGGAAAGGAUGUAACAUCCCGGGUGUUUAAGAUUGUCCGUCGUCUCAUGUUGAGAACUUACGAGUAACUCUAGGGUACUUUUGGACCAAAUUAUCAACGAUAAGGGUAUUUGUACCAAAGUAUUGACUGCAAGGAUAAUUUUGUUCAUAAAUAAUAACAUUUUUAUUCAUUUCACAUAAUUUAAGGAUAUUUUUUAUCUUUUCCAUUUUUUAAAUGGACUAAAAAGGACAAAAGCAAGUAGCAUUAAAUUAUUCAAAGAGUCCCUCACACAUUGAAUCCUUUCCCUUUCUUGAUGUUACUUAAUAUCUUCCAGCCGAAACAAAAACUAUUACCCCUUUUUGGAUAAGUCCUUUUCCAUUUUCGUUCUUCCAUUUUCAUGUGAUCUCAAAAAUCAUUGAUGCGGAGAUUAUUUGUGUUGACUCUUGAAGGCAAGAUCUACAGCUGCAAGCACUGUGGAACUCAUCUUGCCCUUUCUGAAAACAUUGUUUCCAAGAACAAAAAUUCUAUCCCAAAAUGUACAUUCUUUAACCCACCACCCCAUUAGUUCUUUAUGGACCAUUGGAUUCUUGAAUAGCUUAAGCUACUACAACUUCUUUAAGCUUGUCCUCUAUUGUGUAUGAUAAUAUGGAAGCAGCCAUGUGUUGUUGCAAACUAACAUGACCAUCUGCCUGUAUUUGUUUGCAAUGACAAGACAUUACUAGUAGCAACCACUCUGCUUUCAUUGCUUCGA